GAACCAGCUCAUCAUUGUGUACACAAGCUACACAAUUUCGCAGCUCUGCAGAUUCGCAGUUCCAGUUCUAUCUUCUUCUGCCAGAAUGCUGAGGGACUUCAGAUUCCUGCGUAGAAAUUCGGGUAAAAACCUGCAAUUGGAGGAGAGGGAGAAUGUACCCGUGAACCCAGACGCUUUAGCGGGUUCUCAGGUUACUAACCCGGACUCAUCAAGACCUCCAUUGCACGCAGUUCAAGAAAAGAGUGCGGCGGAUCAAGAAGCGGGAGCUGCUGCUAGGGUUGCCAAAUUAGCUAGAGGACGCAAUGACACUGUUCCAGAAAGGGAUAUGACAGAUCAAGGAGGUGUUAGGGUUAGCAAAAUAGAUAGGACCCCGACUAAGCCUAAGCAUAGUAGAUAUUUUGAUUCAACAACGCCACUUAGAACUCCACUUAGGGUUGACGGUAGUAGUACCCAUGGGGCACCAUCACGGACAAUGGCAAAUAUGGGUACUCCUAGAUCUACUAGGAAAGCAGCUAGAACAAACUCGGAGUGCAAUUCUACUCAAAGCACUCCAAUGAAAAGUGUGAGUAAGCCACCGAAUCCUCCAGUGUCUUGUCUAACUAACGGCUCUAGGCCUCCCGUUAAUGGGGGUGUUCGAAUGACCAACUACGAGGCACUGUCCAAGGGGGUCCCAACUAGCUCUAACUCUUUGGCUGUUGUUAAUACCAUUGAUGUGCCACAUUUUGCACUCAAGGAAGAUCCAUCUUUCUGGAUGGAGCACAAUGUGCAGGUGUUGAUACGUGUGAGGCCUCUUAAUAGCAUGGAGAAAAGUAGUAACGGAUAUAAUAGGUGCUUGAAGCAGGAGAGUGCUCAAUGCAUUGCCUGGAUCGGGCAUCCCGAAACUCGGUUCACAUUCGAUCAUGUUGCUUGUGAAUCACUAGACCAGGAAACGCUAUUCAGAAUGGCUGGUUUGCCAAUGGUUGAAAACUGUUUGUCGGGAUACAAUAGUUGCAUUUUUGCUUAUGGACAGACCGGAAGUGGGAAGACAUAUACGAUGCUUGGUGAAAUUGAAGAGCUAGAAUUCAGGCCAAGCCCCCACCGUGGAAUGACACCGCGUAUAUUUGAAUUCUUAUUUGCAAGGAUGAGACUGGAAGAGGAAAGCCGAAGGGAAGAGAGAUUAAAAUAUAGCUGCAAAUGUUCAUUCUUAGAGAUUUAUAAUGAACAAGUUACAGAUCUUCUUGAUCCUUCAUCCACGAAUCUGAUGUUGCGUGAAGAUAUCACAAAGGGUGUGUAUGUUGAAAACCUAUCUGAAUUUGAAGUUCAAACAGUUGGAGAUAUUAUCAAGCUUUUGAGUCAGGGAUCAUCUAACAGAAGAGUAGCUGCAACAAACAUGAACAGAGAAAGCAGCCGGUCCCACAGUGUCUUUACGUGUGUAAUUGAGAGCAGUUGGGAAAAAGAUUCCACCACUAACUUCCGUUUUGCAAGGCUUAAUCUGGUUGAUCUUGCUGGUUCUGAAAGGCAAAAGACUUCUGGUGCCGAGGGUGAACGCCUAAAGGAAGCUGCAAAUAUCAACAAAUCGUUAUCAACAUUAGGCCAUGUGAUAAUGGUUCUAGUUGACAUAGCUCAUGGAAGACCAAGGCAUAUUCCUUACAGAGAUUCAAGAUUGACAUAUCUUCUUCAGGACUCUCUAGGGGGGAACUCGAAAACAAUGAUGAUAGCCAAUGUUAGCCCUUCCAUCUGCUGUGCUGCUGAAACACUCAACACUCUAAAGUUUGCUCAGCGAGCAAAGCUCAUUCAAAAUAACGCUGUUGUAAAUGAAGACUCAUCAGCAGAUACUCUAGCAUUACAACAUCAGAUACGACUUUUGAAGGAGGAACUCUCCACUUUAAAACGUCAGAAGACUCCGAACAUUUCCCGCACUUUGUCAUUUGAUACAGCUGGUACUGGAGACAGAAGGCAUGAAGAAUCCAAAAGCAUUCCGCCAGAAUCAGCUAAAGAGUUGAAAUCAAUGGAAGCUACACUAGCUGGAGCUUUAAGGAGGGAACAGAUGGUUGAAUCAUCUAUCAAGCAUUUUGAAGCAGAAAUUGAGCAACUUAACCGCCUGGUUUGCCAAAGAGAGGAAGAUACUAGGUGCACAAAGAUGAUGCUAAAAUUUAGGGAAGAGAAAAUUCAUAGGAUGGAAUCUCUUCUCAAUGGAUUAAUACCAUCAGAUACAUAUCUGCUGGAAGAAAACUGUGCACUUUCUGAAGAACUCAACUUGAUUCGUGCCAAUGUAGACAAAAAUCCAGAAGUAACUCGCUUCGCCCUUGAAAAUAUUAGGCUUUUGGAACAUCUCAGAAGAUUUCAAGAUUUCUAUGAGGAAGGAGAGAGAAAUUUAUUGCUAGCUGAAGUAUCAGAAUUGCGAGAUCAGCUACUGCUCUCUCUGGAUGGGAAGUUGAAGCUUCAUAAUCCCUCGGAUAUAGAUACUUCUUCCCAGGAAUCUGCACAUAUCAAACAAGAAGAAACCGACUCACUCCACACGGAGUUAAAAGAGACUCUCUCUCAGUUAGAAGAAUGUAGGUCAAAGCUGAACAGUUGCUUGGAAAAAAAUGCAGAACUCAGAAGAGAAAUUAAUGACUUGCACGCAUCGCUUGGUGAAAGGGAAUCUUCAGUUCUUGAUAAUGAUAAUGGGGUUGAAGUUAUCAAGGAAUCUAUAUCAGAAGCUCCUCCACUCAAUUACCAGUCCGUGGUUAUUGCCCAGGAAGAGAAGCCAGAUAUAGGUUGUGAUAAAAUGAUCAACUUGUCAGAUAAGAUCAUUGAUUUGCAAUUAGAGUUGGACAUUUUAAAGAUUCUUCUUCACGAAGAAAAGUCAUCCCACAACGAAGCAGAGGAAAGGGCACUUUCUUUGAACAGAGAUCUAGAGUCAACAAAAGAUCAGAUUUUGCUACUAAGCAAGCAAUAUAAAGAUGUCCAGGACGAACUCAAGGAAGCAAAGUCCAUCAUUGAGGCUCUUGAGUCUCAACAAAUUCAGGCAAUUAACGAGGCAGAGGAUCUUAGAAACAGUAACAAAUGCUAUGAAGAACUUCUGCAGAAAAAGGAACAUGAAAUCUCUUCUUUAAAGGAAAAAGGCUUUUCUCAGGAUCUCCCAUCCUUUAAUGUCAUGGAAAGUGAGUAUAAUCCUUUACAAGCCAAGCUGAAAAAAAUGGAAAAUUCUCUUGAGAAGGCAAGAACACUGAACACAUGGUAUCAAAGUGACCAGGCGCUACAAGUUUCAAAUGAAGAAGAAAUGGAUGUAAUACGUAGGCAGGUAGAGGCUGAAACUGCUGAAGUGAUUCUUUGCCUCCAGGAAGAACUUUGUCUUCUUCAGCAGGAAAUCCAGGCCAGUCACUUGAAGGAAGUGGAGAGCUAUGAUAGGUUGAAUCAGUUAGAGUUAAGAAAUAAAGAACUUGAGGGAAAAAACAAUCUGAUUACUGAAGAUAAUAGAUUGUUAAGAGGAGCUUAUACAGAAAAGGAGAGAGAAUAUCAGAGUCUACUUGAAGAAUGGGAGCAAGUAAACAAUGAUAUGGAAACAAUUCUCUGCGGGGGUCAAGCUUCCCUUAAGGAUGCAUCUGAUGAUCUUGAUUUGAUAGCCUCUUCAUUUCCACAAAAACAAGCAAAUCGAAUAUCAAAUCAUUUUGGGAGUAUAGCAAAAUACAUUUUUGAAAAGGAUAAACUGAUAGAAGAUCUCAACAGGAAUCUACGGGAUGUGGUUAAUAAAAGAAAUGAUGUUGAGUCCAUGCUGAGGUCUUUAAGAGGAGCAGCUUUGGUUAUGACUGAAGUUCACCAGCAACAGUGUAGUGAAAAGGAUGUAGAGAUUGCUCUGUUGACAGCCCAACUGAACUCUAAAAUGAAUGCGAUCUUAGAGUUUAAGAACAAAAUCAAACAACUGGAGGGUCAACUCAGGGAAACGUGUACUUGUGCAACAGCAGCGUUUCUGGUUGUUAACAGGUUGUCUGAGGCAAAUAUGCAAAAAGAGAAGUUCUUUGAAGAGACCUGCAGUGGGCUAAGGCUUGAGCUGUUGGAACAGCAGAGACAUGCCAGUGCUAUGCAGCAGAAACUUGAAGAGCUUGAAGCAAAUGACUUGAUGGAAACACUUGAAGAGUUUAAAGCUGGUGUUUCAGUAGUAAAUUCCUGCAUGAAUGAGCAGGUAGAAAGGCAAGCGAGACUCGAGAGAGAGAAUUUAAGUGAUGGUCUACAACAUAUGUCCAUUCGGGAAGCAUGUGAAAUAUGGACAUUUGCUGAUGCAAAACAACAUGACGACUCCGGUAAGGAUUUGGAAACUGAACACAACAAAUGCUCUUCCCAAACCCAUAAGAUUUUAGCUGGUGGAGAGAGAGCUUUGAACGGCACAAAUGGAAGAGAUGUUACCAUAGCUCUUCUCAAGAAGGAAAUUGUAUCUGCUCUUGAUAGCUUGAAACAAGUGCAAGCUGAGAUAUCCACAUCAUGCAUUGAGAAAGAAGAGUUCCGCAAGGCUGAAAAGCACACUCGGGAUAGUGUCAAAUCUCUUGUUCUUCCUAUAAGUGCACUAGAAACCUCCAUAGGAAAUUUUGAAGGAGUCGUUAAGCUUAAAUUGGAAGAGGCAGAUGCUAAGCUUCAACAAAUAGAACUUGAUGUGGAGGAAUAUAGAACUUCUUGGCUUGAACAAAAAGAGCUGCUAGAAGUUGAACUUGAAGAUGCAAGGGCAAUUGCUGUACAGAAAACGAUGGAAGCUUCCUAUAUUCUUGCCAAAUAUGUAGAGGUCCAAGACACCAUGACAGAUACAAUCGUAACAAUAAGAGAGUUGAUGAGAGAAAAUGAAGCCCUGAAGGUUGAUAACAAAGAGCUAAAGGAAAAGGAGGUGACAUUAACCAAUCAAAGGGACUUUGUAGUUAAUGAAAACCAAUGCUUGCAGUCUGCCAACAAUCUUAAGGACUCACAUAUUGAAAAGAUGGAGAAAGAUUUCCAGAUGGUAACAAAGCAGGUAAUGGAGUUGGAAGGUAUAGUAUCACAGGUCAAUAGCUUUGGAAUGGAAGAGUUUGUUUCGGUGGCCUCUGAUUUCUUUAAUGUUAAGUCUGAUUUUCAUGCCGCUUCUGAACUGAUGAGGUCAUGGAUUGAGGAUAUCUGGUCUGAGAUUAUUGUCAAGGAUUUUGCUUUGUCUAUUUUUAACCUCUGCCACUCUGGGAUUCUCUUGGAAGCAGUAAAUGGCUUAAAUGCAGAAAAAGGUCUGCUCCACCAUGGCCUAUGUGAAUCGAAUUCUGCAAUAACUGAGUUGAGAGACCACAAUUCUAAAGCUAAGAAAGAGCUUGAAAUGUGUAGAAUUCUCCAGGGGAAGUUAUUGGAUGACAUUACUAGCAACUUUGACCGUAUUUCUAAGAAAGAAGACGAAACUGGUGAUUUCACAUUAAAGCUUGCAACUUUUGAGAAGAGAAUUAUUGAUUUACAGUCUCAAGAGGAGCUCAUGUUGAGAAGAUCCGAUCACUUGGGAUCAAAGCUGGCUGAAUUGGUUAAUGAGAUGGACCUCAGCAACCAGACUGUGUUGGCAUCACUUUUGGAUCGAGAGAGAUUGCUUCAGGAGAAAGAGGAAGCCCUAAAAUAUUCAGAAGAUGCUUUUAUUAUGAAAGACUUUGAGGUGUUCAUCCUGUCAAUUAAGUUACAAGAGAUGACUGCCUUCAUAUUUAAUUUAGAGAGAACUUAUAGAAGUAAUUUUGAUACUUCUGAAAAGAUGAAGAUGGAAAUUGUUCUUAAGAAUCUUGGUGCAGCAAUCAAUGAGUCAGUAUUGGUUGACAGGGAAACUGAAGUAUCUGUCCUGAAAGGGAUAGUUGAAGAAGCUGGUAAACAACAACAAAAGCUGUUGUUAGAGCUUAAUGAAAAAACCUCGAUAGUUGCCCAGCUCAGAGACAAGAACACAUCUCUUGAAGAAGAAGUUCAUUCACUGAAGGAUAUUGCUUGCUCAAAUGAAACAUUGAAAAGCAAACUUGUUGAAAUAGAUGGAACCAACUUCUCUUUGCAAACACAGGUUCAGAGCCUUAACUCUGAACUAGAGAAAGUAAAGGAAGAAAUGCAUAUUAAGGAUUCAAACCUUGAAAUUUCUUCAAGUCAACUCUCUGACGUUUGUAAACAAAACCAGAUGCUGGAGAACAGGAUUCUAUCACUGGAAGAAGCAUCAUGUAGGCUCCAGAAAGAGCUGGAAAUGAAACAUACUGAGCUUACAGAAAUGAACUGUCUUGGUAAUGAGAACAAUGAACUUCAGGUUGAGCUGAUCGGAUGGAAAGUAGAAAAUGGUGAGCUUCUUCAGGACUUGGAGGUUUUGAGAGCUGAGCUUGAUCGGAGCAACAGAGCUUUUUCUUUGCUCUCAAAGAAGUCUGAUGAACUAGAAAGUUCAUUUCAAAAGAUAUGCAAUGUAGUGGACAGUGUACCUAUGUUAUUAGAAGAGUUUGAGUUAUUAGAGAAUCUAGCAGAAGAGAUUGUAUCACAGAAUCUUACCCUUGGAAAUGAGUUGUCUAGGAAGGAUGACAUUCUUAAGGGGUUGCUGUUUGAUCUGAGUUUACUGCAGGAGUCAGCCUCUAAUACUAAGGAUAAAAAAGAUGAAAUUGAAAAAUUGGUGUCAUCUUUGAAUGCUUUGGAAAGAGAAUUGGAACUAAAGUCAUGCGAGCUUGAUGACACUCUUUCUAAGAGUUUUAAACUUGAAGCUCAGUUGCUGGAGAACAAGAGCACAAUAUCAGCUUUGGAGUCGGAUGUCUUGAGACAAAAGAAUGAACUGUGUGAAAUGGGAUCUGCUAUCUCGGAAAUGAACAACUCUAUUGAGUCUCUAAGGAGAGAGUUGAGUCAUGUCACUUGUGAGAAAGAAGAUCUCAAUGUUGAACUUGUUGCUUUGAAGAAGGAGCUUGAGAUAGCAAAAGCGCUUGCAGAUGAAAACGAGGCAGGUUCUCUAGAGGCUAAAGAGCUAGCAGAAACUAGAAAACUAUAUGCUGAAGAGAAAGAUGAGGAGGUAAAACUAUUAGAGCGGUCUAUUGAAGAGUUAGAAUGCACAGUAAAUGUGCUUGAAAACAAGGUUGACAUUGUCAAGGAAGAAGCCGAACGGCAAUGCUUACAGAGAGAGGAACUUGAAAUGGAACUGCACAGCAUCAAACAACAAAUGCUUAGUGUUAAAAGCAGCGACAACACUGAUGUAAAAAGAAAUUCAAUAGAAAAAGAGAAGAAUCUUCUACAGCGCAUCCAAAUCCUUGAGAAAGAAGUAGCUUUGAGGGAUGUUGAAAUUACUCAGUGCAAGGUUCAUAUAUCAGAACUGAAUUUGCAUUCUGAGGCACAAGCCCGUGAGUACAAGGAAAAGUUCAAGACGUUGGAGGCAAUGGCCGAAAAAGUGAAGUCAGAUGUGCAUGCCUCCAUCCAAGGCUCAAACUCAUCAUCAUCAUCGUCUAGCAAAUUGGAGAAAAAUAGCUUGACGAAGCCCAAAGGUUCUGGUUCUCCUUUUAAAUGCAUUGGAAUAGGAUUGGGCCAACAAUUGAAGUCUGAGAGGGAUGAGGAACUAACGGCAGAAAGAUUUCGGAUUGAAGAACUUGAGGCUCUAGCUGCUAGCAGACAAAAAGAGAUAUUCAUGCUGAAUUCAAGAUUAGCUGCUGCUGAAAGCAUGACCCAUGAUGUGAUACGUGAUCUGUUGGGUUUAAAACUAGACAUGAAUAAAUAUGGGACUUUGCUCGAUAAUCAUGAAGUGCAAAUGUUAACAGAGAAGGCUCAAGCUCAGAAAGUAGAUGCACUCGCUAAGGAGGAAGAAGUUACCAAGUUGAAACAACAACUAAACGAAAUUAUUGAGGAGAGGAAAGGAUGGCUUGAAGAAGUUGAGAGAAAACAAACUCAGAUGAUGGCUGCAAAGGUUUCACUGGAGAAGUUGCACGAGCGGGAUCAAUUGCUUGCAACUGAAAAUGAAGUUAUAAAGAGGGAGAACAUGAAUCAUAAGAAGAGGGUUAUAGAGCUUGAAGCAGAAGUAAAGAAGCUGUCUGGGCAGCAAAACCUCCAGCAGCGCAUCCACCAUCAUGCCAAAAUCAAGGAAGAGAACAACUUACUGAAGAAUCAGAAUGAUGAUCUUACUUUUAAGCUUAGGAAAUCAGAAGCAAUUCUUUCACGUGUUCGGGAAGAGCUUGCUCACUUCCGAGCAUCUAAUAAUGGGAGAAUCCCUUACAUCAAUUUGGAUGAUGAGAAUCGGAUGGAGACUAAACUGAAGGAUAGAAUGAAUAGUGAGAGGCUGACCGAGAUGAUGCCCCACGUCGCUUCGUCGGGUAGAAGAAGCUCAAUAAAGGCAGAUGAUGAGAAUGGUCAAAAUCCAAGUAGAGCAUCAUCUUCUCAAACACCAUUAUAUCUCACUGCUUUACACAGAUGAUGAUGAAUCUACUCUUCUUAGUCGUGACUGGUUAGCUUUGCGCUAGCAAAAUGUUGCAAGUAUUGGAUGGUUCUUAUUGCAUGUAAAUAUAGAUGAUUUUGUACAAGUAAUGCAUCCACCACAAGAGCUUCUUGUCUGUAUGAUCUUCCAUUUGUAUUUUGUAAAUAUUGGCAGAUGUGUAUUUAUGUAGCAAUUGUUGUAACUAUGUGGAUAUCAGGUGACAUUUUUGAGCUUCUUUUUUAGAUUUCAAUCCAGAUGCCUUGCUUUUAAUUGG